AUGGGCUCCGGGUUGGUGUGGCUGUCUCUUGCGCUGUCAGUGGCGCUUUCCGCCGGGCAAGACGCAGGGACUGGGGCCACAGAGGAGGACAUCCCGGAGGGGGCAUCCACCCUGGCCUUCGUCUUUGAUGUGACCGGCUCCAUGUACGACGACUUGGUCCAGGUUAUCGAGGGUGCGUCCAAGAUCUUGGAAACAUCCCUGAGCAGACCUAAGAGACCUCUCUAUAACUUUGCCCUGGUCCCUUUCCACGACCCAGAGAUUGGACCCGUAACAAUCACAACAGACCCAAAGAAGUUCCAGUAUGAGCUGAGAGAGCUGUACGUUCAGGGAGGUGGGGAUUGUCCGGAGAUGAGCAUCGGUGCCAUUAAGAUUGCUUUGGAGAUCUCCUUGCCAGGGUCCUAUAUUUACGUCUUCACAGAUGCCCGAUCUAAAGACUACAAACUGACCCAAGAAGUCCUGCAGCUCAUCCAGCAGAAACAGUCACAGGUGGUGUUUGUGCUGACGGGGGACUGUGAUGAUAGGACUCACAUCGGCUACAAGGCUUAUGAGGAGAUCGCCUCCACCAGCUCUGGGCAGGUCUUCCAUCUGGACAAGAAACAGGUCAAUGAGGUUCUUAAAUGGGUGGAGGAGGCCGUGCAGUCGUCCAAGGUCCACCUGCUGUCCACUGAUCACUUCAGUGGGGUCAGCAACACUUGGCAGUUGCCCUUUGACCCCAGCCUCAAGGAAGUCACUGUGGCCCUCAGCGGCCCAGCACCUGACAUCGAGAUAAAAAACCCAGAGGGGAAGGUUGUGGGGAAGAGUGACAGCCUGACCGAGCUCUUGCACAUUCCCAACUCCGCCAAGGUUUUCAACAUCAAGGACCCACAGCCUGGGAUGUGGUCGAUCAAGACCUCUAGCGAAGGAAGACACUCUGUCCGUAUCUCAGGUCUCAGCACCAUUGACUUCCGAGCCGGGUUUUCCAGAAAGCCCACCCUGGACUUCAAAAAGACCUCUAGUAGGCCAGUUCAAGGUAUUCCCACCCACAUCCUUCUUAACACCACUGGACUUUCCCCCCCUGCUCGGGCUGACAGGCUAGAGCUCCUGUCAAUCAAGGGCGAAGUGAUCAAAACUCUGCCAAUUCGUUACUACCCUGAUCGCCAGCCAUAUGGCCUCUGGAACAUCACAGACUUCAUUCCACCCGAUGAGGCCUUCUUCCUGCGGGUGACGGGAUACGACCGGGAUGGUUUCCUGUUCCAAAGAGUCUCCAGUGUUUCUUUCUCCAGUAUUGUACCUGUUGCCCCUAAGGUGCUGAUGCCAGCCACGACUCAUGGUUACUACCUCCAGAGAGGGGCUGUUAACUGCCAGGUAGAGAGCCUGAUCCCCUUCACUCUGCGCUUCAGCAGUGAUGGAAGACGACUUGGGGUGGACCAACUCUUCAGUGAGUCUGACAGUGCGUCGUGGGAAAUAGCCCAGGUUACCCUGAAGGACGAGGGCUAUUACGAGUGUAUUGCUGUCAGCAGCGCUGGGACUGGUAGAGCUCGCACCUUCCUGGAUGUAUCAGAGCCGCCUCCAGCUGUCACCAUUGAGGGUAACAUAACCGUCGCCCCUGGCUCCCGUGCUGUCCUCACCUGCCACGUUGUUAGCACCGUCAACUUCAACCUCACCUGGCUGAGAGGAGGUCAUGAUGCCCGUCUGGACCCACGGGUGCAUGUCCUGACCAACCUCUCGCUACAGGUGUCCACUGUGGCUCCAGAUCAUUCGGGCUGGUACGAGUGCAUCGCCGUAAACGAAGGAGGGGUGACUGCAGAACGAAUCUACCUUACCGUGCAAGAGGUGCCCAGGGUUUUAGUGGAGCCUCGGAAUCAAACCUUUACGACAGGAGAUGAAGUGAGGAUCAGGUGCUCAGCCAACGGUUACCCUCCACCCCGUCUGGUCUGGACCCACAACGACAUGUUCAUCAUGGCAUCCAGCAGACACAGGAUGACUCCUGAUGGCACACUGGUCAUAAGAAACAUAGAGAAGAAGGAUGGAGGGGUGUAUGGCUGUUUGGCCAGCAACCAGGCUGGGACAGACGCAAUGACCGCCAUCCUCACUUACAUCGAAUCUCCUCAGGUGACGGUGGAAUCCAAUGAGAUUCUCAUUGGCAUCGGAGAAACCACAGUGAUGGCCUGUUCAGCAUCUGGAAUCCCUCAGCCUGAGAUCUGGUGGUACAAAGGUGAUGUCCAGCUGCAUUCAUCAUCCCUCUUGGAUGUAGACACACUGGGAGGGACGCUGACCAUCAAGGAGACUCAGAAAGUCGAUGCUGGAGAUUACAGCUGUGUGGCUGUCAAUGAUGCUGGCACCUCGUCAGGAAAAAUCUCUCUCGAUGUAGGAGCCGCACCCAAGUUCACCCGAGAGCCAUCAGAUGUGGCGGCGGACAUUGGCUCCAACGUGAGCCUGCAGUGCCAUGUCCAAGGCUACCCCGAACCUAAGGUCAGCUGGCGAAGAGAGGAUGGACUACCCCUUUUCAACCAGUCCCGCACACAUGGCACUAUUACCCAGAGCAGGGAAGGUCUACAUAUAGCAAACCUGUGGGUGGAGGAUGAAGGGGUGUAUAUCUGUGAGGCCCAAAACCACUUUGGCAGGUUUCAGACCCAGGCCAGCAUCACUGUGACUGGACUUGUCUUGCCUGUCAUUGCAAUGAGUCCAGCUGUGCUCAGUGUGAUUGAGGACCAGCAGAUGACUCUGCCCUGUGUCCUGCUGGCUGGUAAUCCACUGCCUGAGAGGCAGUGGCUACACAACUACGGCCUGGUAACAUCAGACCAGUAUGUGACAGUGAGGAGGGACGGCAGUCUGCAUAUUGAGAGAGUCCAGUUGGACAAUGCUGGUGACUACACCUGCUUGGCAGAGAACGUUGCUGGGGCCACCAACCAUACCACCACUGUCAACGUUUAUGUGAUUCCCACCAUUCAGCAUGGCCCUCAAGUAUUCAGCACGAUAGAGGGAACACGCAUCUCCCUGCCCUGCCGUGCCAGUGGCGUACCCACCCCAGACAUCACCUGGACCAAGGGUGGGGAGGUGCUGUACUUGGGUGGUCCUGGCCUCUCCCUGGAUUCUGACGGCAGCCUUCGCAUUGCUUCCCCUUCUGGAAAUGAGACUGGAGAGUUCAUCUGCACAGCCGCCAAUGCUGCGGGCUACGCCUCCAGGAAGGUCCAGCUCACUGUCUACGUCCGUCCUAGGUCUAAUGUUGGCGGUGCCGGAGUCUCAGCAGACCCAAUGAGGAUGUCGGUGAUUGAGGGUGAGGAUGCCAUUUUGCCAUGUGAGGUCCACAGUGUCCCACCCCCCACCAUCAGUUGGGCCAAAGAGAGGCAGCUCAUCUCCCCUUUUUCACCCAGGCACACUCAGCUUCCCUCUGGCUCUAUGAAGAUCUUGGAGACCAGAGUCUCAGAUAGUGGACUGUAUGUGUGCGUUGCCUCCAACAUCGCGGGCAACCUCACACAAUCCAUUGAGCUGAGUGUUUUAGUGCCCCCUAGUAUACAGGCUGGCCCAAGGGUAAUAAAGGUACAGGUGGGUGACCCUGUGGAGCUGCCCUGUGUGGUGAGAGGAGUUCCAAAGCCGACUCUAACCUGGACUAAGGAUGGUAAAGGCUACCCGGUGUCACAUGAUGGCAGCCUAGCAUUGAGAAAUGUGGGACUGGAUGACGAAGGGACCUACACCUGCACAGCCACCAACACUGCAGGCAGAGACGAAGCUCGAGUCCAGCUUCUAGUGCAAGUGCCGCCUGUGGUAGAGGUACUGGAGCCCCCCUUCAAUAGUCCCCUGCAGGAGAGAGUUGCAAACCAGCGUAUUGCCUUCCCCUGCCCUGCCAAAGGCCUUCCCAAGCCAGUGAUUCGGUGGUUGCGUAAUGGCCAGGAACUGACCGGUAACGAGCCUGGUGUCUCCAUCCUGGAGGAUGGGACACUGCUGAUUCUGGCCUCUGUGUCACCGCUGGACAACGGAGAGUAUGUCUGUGCUGCCGUCAAUGACGCUGGAUCCACGGAGAGGAAAUACCAGCUCAAAGUCAACGUGCCCCCAGAGUUUCGUGACAGGGAAACGCCAGGCAACAUGUCGGUGGUCCUGAGCCAGCCAACCAGCUUGGUGUGUGAUGUCACAGGAAGUCCAAGCCCUGUCAUCACCUGGUACAAGGAUGGGACUCCUGUGGUUGCUAGUAACAGCGUCCAGAUUCUUGAUAUGGGGAAAACCCUGAGGCUUCUGAAGGCAGCAACGGCAGACACAGGCAGCUACAGCUGUAAAGCCAUCAACAUCGCUGGCAGCACAGAAAAAGACUUCUUCCUGGAUGUACUGGUCCCACCGACCAUUGUAGGGUCAGGCCCUCCUCGAGACGUUUCAGCCAUUCUGAAACAGGAGAUCAGUCUUGAGUGCAAGGUGCAAGGAGUGCCCUUCCCCACAAUCCAGUGGUACAAGGACAGGAAGCCGGUGUUUCUUGGGGAUCCCAAUCUGGAGGUCACCAACAGAGGUCAGGUUUUGAGGAUAAAAAGUGCCCGUCUCGGGGACCAGGCCCGCUACCAGUGUAGCGCCACGAAUACAGCUGGAAAACAGUCCAAGGAGUUCAACCUCAGUGUCUAUGUGCCCCCUUCCAUCAAAGGAGGUAACCUAACCACAGAUGUCACAGCCCUGCUGGACACAGCGGUAACGCUGGAGUGCGAGGCACGCGGGGUGCCGCUUCCCGCCAUCACCUGGUACCGAAACGGAGAGGCCAUCCUGUCCAACCGACAAGUUCAGUACGUGGAGCGAGGCCACUACCUGAAGAUCCCUCGUGCGCAGGCGUCAGAUGCUGGUCUGUACACCUGCAAGGUGACCAGUGUGGCUGGGAGUGCUGAGAAGGCCUAUGAGCUGGAUGUCUACUUGCCUCCUACCAUUGCAGGGGGAAAUGACGGGCCAACUGAGAGGAAAGUGACCCUCAGUAAGCCUCUGAUCCUGGAGUGUGAGGCUGGGGGACACCCGCCCCCCUCCCUCACGUGGCUGAAGGAUGGAGUUCCUGUGCAUGAUGGUGAAAGUGUCCGUUUGCUCGAGCAGGGGAAAAAAAUAGAGAUCCUCUCAGCCACAGUCUCAGAUUCGGGGCGCUACGUCUGCGUGGCUACAAGCAUCGCUGGGGAGAAGGAGGUCAAGUACGACGUCAGAGUUUUAGUUCCUCCUUUCAUUGAUGGAGCCGGUGAUGUGACAGACAGCACAGUGAUACUCAACAACCCCUUGGAGCUGGAGUGUGAGGCCACUGGAACGCCUGCACCCGUAAUCAGGUGGUACAAGGACGGAAAACCAGUCAGACAGGGUGAAGGGUUGCGGGUGGCGGCCAGUGGUCGCCGGCUGAUCGUGUCCCGUGCCCAGGUCUCUGACAAGGCUCGUUUUCAGUGUGUGGCCACUAAUGAAGCAGGAGAACACGAGAGGGACUUCAAUGUGGUUGUCCAUGUUCCCCCAUCCAUCCGUACCACUGGGCCUGCUGAACGCUCAGUUGUUCUCCACAAGCCCAUCAUUCUGGAGUGCAUCUCCAGUGGCAUCCCGCCUCCGAGCAUUACCUGGCUUAAAAAUGGCCGGCCUGUCGACACAACGCAGGAGCACCUACAGCUGGAGCCCGCAGGCAGAACACUGAAGGUCACAGAGGCAAGGCAAGAGGAUUCUGGGAGAUACACCUGCCUGGCCACCAAUGCAGCUGGUGAAGCUCAACAGCACAUUCGGCUCAGUGUCCAUGAGCCUCCCAGUAUCCCCUACUCUGGAGAGAUCAUCAACCAGACCAUCCUGUCAGGCUUUCCCACCGAGCUUGACUGCAAGGCCACAGGCAGCCCAUUACCUGCUAUCACUUGGUACAAAGAUGGCCGACCUCUGACGAGUGCAGCUGGGGUGACUAUGCUGAAGCGUGGCCAGGUGCUGGAGAUUGAACGGGCUCAGCUGUCGGAUGCCGGGAUAUACAGAUGUGUAGCGGUCAACUUGGCUGGAGUUGCUGAGAUAUCCCAUAGCCUGCAGGUGUUUGUGCCUCCGGUCAUCUCCAGCCGAGGUGGUACGGUAACGGUGGUAGUGAAUGAAGCCGCCAGGCUGGAGUGCGAGGCCACCGGUGUUCCUCUGCCCAGCCUCACGUGGCUCAAGGAUGGCAGCCCCGUGGCAAGCGUAUCACAUGGCAUACAGGUGUUGUCUGGUGGCAGAGUGCUGUCUCUGAGCAGUGCACAGGUUAGCGAUACAGGCAGAUACACAUGCGUGGCCGUCAAUGCUGGAGGAGAACAAAACAGAGAGUACGCCCUGCUUGUUUACGUGCCACCAAACAUCAAGGGGGAGGAGGUGAACGCCACAGUGAUGCUCGGUCGUCCAGUGGAGCUGCACUGCCAGAGCGAUGCAAUCCCUCCACCCACCCUCUCCUGGCGCAAAGACGGCCGCCUGCUGUUCAGGAAACCUGGUCUGACUGUUUCAGCAGAUGGGAGUUUGCUCAAGGUCGAUAGUGCCCAGGUGCAGGAUUCAGGCAGGUAUACCUGUGAAGCCACCAAUGUUGCUGGCAAAACGGAGAAGAACUAUAACCUCAAUGUUUGGGUUUCUCCCAGCAUCCGCGGCUCCGAGGAGGUAUCACCGAUGACAGUGAUUGAGGGCGGUCUCAUCACUCUGGUGUGUGAGUCCAGUGGCAUACCGCCUCCGAGCCUUACCUGGAGGAAGGACGGUUCUGAGCUCAAGUCAGACCAAUGGCGCAGAGUUUUGUCAGGAGGUCGCCAGCUGCAGAUCUCCAGUGCUGAGAGGACGGAUGCAGCCUCCUACACCUGCACAGCCUCCAGUGCAGCCGGCACCACUUCCAAGGAGUACAGCCUGCAGGUUUAUGUCCGCCCUUCCAUCAGACGCGGGGACAAUGAUGAUGUCACCGUGACGAAGGGAGGGGAUGUGACCCUACAGUGUGCUGCGGAGGGCGUGCCACGACCGGCGCUCACGUGGCUGAAAGACGGACGGCCUAUCAUGGGCCAGCACGGCGCAAAGGUCCUGAACGAAGGAGGGCUGUUGCAGAUUAAAGACGCCAAGGUGUCAGACACGGGACGCUACACCUGCAUUGCUGUCAAUGUGGCAGGGCAGGCGGACAGCAAGUAUGACAUCAGUGUGCAUGUCCCACCAAGUAUAAUCGGUCAGGUGCAGUUGCCAGAAAAUGUGAGUGUUGUUGUGAAGAACCCAGUUGCUCUGAGCUGCGAGGCCUCUGGCAUCCCUCUUCCUGCCAUUUCCUGGCUGAAGGAUGGUCGGCCAAUCAAAGCCACCAGCUCAGUGCGUAUCCUCUCGGGAGGACGAAGCCUGCGUCUAAUGCAUGCGGCAAUAGAGGAUGCUGGGAGAUACACCUGUAUCGUGUCUAACAGUGCCGGAGAGGAAAGGAAGAACUUUGACAUCGACAUCCUCGUUCCACCAAGCAUUGUGAACGGGGGAACUUUGGUGGAUACUAAAGUCAAGGAGAAACACAACAUUACUCUCACCUGUGAAGCAUCAGGUAACCCUGUGCCAGAGAUUAAAUGGCUGAAGGAUGGACAUCCGCUGGUGCCUGACAGACGCCACCAAGUUUUGUCUCACGGCCGUUUCCUCCAAAUCUCUGGUGCCAAAGUUGCGGACACUGGCAGGUACAGCUGCCUGGCAUCUAACAGUGCAGGGGACCGCAGCCGGCAUUUCAACCUCAAUGUCCUGGUUUCUCCCACCAUUGCUGGGUCGGGCCCUGAUGGUUCUGCAGAGGAGGUGACGGUAACUUUGAGCAGCCCCACCUCUCUCGUGUGUGAAGUCCAGUCCUACCCUCCUGCUCUCAUCACCUGGCUCAAAGACGGCACGACGUUCGAGUCCAGCCGCAAUGUCCGAGUGCUUCCAGGUGGGCGAACCCUGCAGAUUCUUAAUGCCAAAGAAGAGGAUGCUGGGAGAUAUACAUGUGUAGCCACUAAUGAGGCUGGAGAGACGCUGAAGCACUAUGAGGUCAAGGUUUAUGUUCCCCCACAGAUCAAUAAAAAUGAUAUCCCAGGGGAAGGGCUGGCCCCCAAAGAGGUCAAGAUCAAGGUCAACAGCACAUUGACCCUGGAAUGUGCAGCUGAGGCCUUUCCUACCCCAGCGUUGCAGUGGUACAAGGACGGACAGAUCUUGCAGGCGGACGACCACGUGUCCAUUACAGCCAACGGUCGUAUUGUUCAGAUCAAGCGGGCUCAGGUGUCAGACACUGGGCGCUACACCUGCGUAGCCACUAAUAUAGCUGGAGAGGAUGAGAAGGACUUUGAUGUAAAUAUACAAGUACCACCUAAUUUCAAUAGACCUGGUGGAGUUGGUGAUACAAUGUCUCCCCCAGGCUCUGGAGGGGAUGUUCGCGAAGUGAUACUCAACAAUCCCGUCUCUCUGUACUGCGAGACUAAUGCUGUCCCUCCUCCUACACUUACCUGGUACAAAGAUGGACAACUACUGACCUCCAGUGACAAAGUUCUGAUCCUGCCAGGUGGACGAGUGUUACAGAUUCCCAGGGCCCAGGCUGAAGACACAGGCAGAUACACAUGUGUGGCUGUCAACGAAGCAGGAGAGGACUCCAUUCAGUACGAUGUCAGAGUGUUAUUGCCUCCGUCCAUACGGGGAACGGACAGCGACUUACCUGAUGAGGUCACAGUGCUGGUCAACAAAACUACCCAACUGGAGUGUCAUGUGGAUGGAAACCCCGCCCCCAAGAUCAGCUGGUUUAAGGACAACCAGCCAGUCAGCUCUGAUGGCGCGCAUAGAAUCUUGUCCAAUGGGAGAACACUUCAGGUGUCAACUGCUCAGGUAUCUGACACAGGGCGCUAUGUGUGUAUGGCUGACAAUGUGGCUGGGAGUGCAGAAAAAUCCUUUAAUCUCAAUGUUCAUGUGCCUCCCACCAUUAUCGGCCUGAGUCCUGAGAAUGUGACAGUGGUGGUGAACAACUUUGUGUCCCUCUCUUGUGAAGCCACUGGUUUCCCCCCUCCCACCUUGAGUUGGCUAAACGAUAGGGGCCCCAUUCAGGGCAACACCAACGCACUCGUAAUGCCAGGUGGUCGUACGCUACAGAUUCUGAAAGCAAAAGUGUCUGAUGGAGGAAAGUACAGCUGUGUGGCGAUGAACGCAGCAGGAGAGGCUUACAAACACAUCUAUCUCACCGUUUUUGUUCCUCCCAGCAUCCGGGACAGUGGUGGGGACUCUCCUGUGGUGGUGAACGUGCUUGUCGGGAAAUCGGUAACCCUGGAGUGCGAGUCCAACGCUGUGCCUCCUCCCACCAUCACCUGGUACAAGAACGGCAGGGUGGUGACAGAAUCGGCCAGCCUGCGCAUCCUGGCAGAGGGGCAGAUGCUUGAGAUCAAAGGCUCAGAGGUGUCUGAUACAGGACAGUAUGUUUGCAAGGCCACCAAUGUUGCUGGUCAGAUGGAAAAGAACUUCCACUUGAAUAUUUAUGUACCUCCCAGUAUCGAUGGGCCAGUACACGAGAGUGUGGUGGAAACCUUUGGUAACCCAGUAACCUUUUCCUGUGAUGCCACUGGUAUCCCUCCUCCGAGCCUCACUUGGUUAAAGAAUGGACGACCCAUAGAGAAUUCAGAGUCUCUGGAGAUGCACAUCUUCUCUGGGGGCACCAAGCUUCAGAUUGCAAGGUCACAGCUUUCUGACAGUGGCACGUACUCGUGUCUGGCCUCCAACGUGGAGGGCAAAGCACGCAAGAGCUACCGCCUCACCAUACAAGUCCCUCCCAGUAUCUCUGGAUCAGAGCUGCCCAGUGAGAUGGGAGUUCUGCUCAAUGAAAGCAUCCAGCUGGUCUGUCGAGUCCGGGGAACCCCGACUCCAACCAUCCAGUGGCUGAAGGAUGGGGAAGUCGUCAACAAAGCGGGGAACAAAGGCCUCAGGAUCAGUCCGGAUGGCAGCACACUCACUAUGAUUGGAGCUCAAACCACCGACAGUGGCAAGUACACCUGUGUGGCCAGCAACACUGCAGGAGAGGAGGACAGGAUAUUCAAUCUAAAUGUGUAUGUGCCUCCUGUGAUAGACGGCAGCAGUGAGACGGCUGAAGCGCUGACCACAGUUCUGGACAGUUCUGUCAACAUGGAGUGCGUUGCUACGGGUUCUCCUCCUCCCCAGCUCAACUGGCUGAGAAAUGGCCUCCCCCUGCCAGUCUCCUCCCACAUACGGCUCCUCUCCGCUGGACAGGUGCUCCGGAUCACACGAGCCCAGGUGUCUGACGGUGGCACGUAUACCUGCGUUGCAUCAAACAGGGCAGGAGUGGACAACAGACAUUAUAACCUACAGGUGUACGUCCCUCCUGGUCUGGAUGGCGCAGGGGGCACAGAGGAUGUAACUGUAAUCAGAGGAAAUCUGGCCUCUCUGCUGUGUCUUGCUGAUGGGACACCGACCCCCACUGUGCACUGGAUCAAAGGAGGAGUGACUCUAGUUCCUGACCCUCACCUCAGAUUCCUCAACCUGAAUACCACUGUGCAGAUCCUCCGGACGCAGGUCAACGACACAGGACGCUACACCUGUGUGGCUAACAACACUGCCGGUCAGGCAAGCCGCCACUUCAACCUGAAGGUGCUGGACCCCCCACGCAUCAAGGGCUCGGGUGCACCAGCAGAAGUAUCUGUGGUGGUUAAUAAUGUUCUGGAGCUUCAGUGCGAGGCCUCAGGCAUCCCCACUCCCUCUCUGACCUGGCUGCGGGAUGGACGCCCGCUCCCACAGACAGACAGUCUGCGCCUCCUACGGGGAGGAGGAAUGCUCCGUGUGGCCUCAGCACAGUUGGAGGACACAGGCAGAUACAGCUGCUUAGCCAACAAUCCAGCAGGAGAUGAUGACAAGGAGUUCCAGGUUCGAGUGCACGUCCCCCCUAACAUCGCGGGGGAGAGCACACCUCAGAAUAUGUCAGUGCUGCAGAACAGACAGGUGACUCUCGAGUGCAAAUCUGAUGCUGUUCCUCCUCCAACGCUGACCUGGCUCAAAGAUGGCCAGACACUGCAGGCCUCUGCCCGAGUGCGUCUUCUGUCCGGGGGCCGCUACCUACAGAUCAACAUGGCUGAGCUUGGCGACAGGGCUCAGUAUACCUGUGUGGCGAGUAACAUCGCUGGCAAGACCACGCGACAGUUUAACCUGGCUGUCAAUGUGGCCCCAACUAUUAAGGAUGGUUCCCAGGCAGUGUCGGUACACAUCAACAAGCCAUCGGUGCUUGAGUGUAUCGUAAGUGGAGUCCCGCCGCCUCGUGUAACCUGGAGGAAACAUGGUGCAAUAUUGGCAGGAAACAACCCCAGGUACACGUUUGCGGAGGAUGGGUCCUUGCACAUCCACUCUGCCCAGGUGACGGACACGGGCCGCUACCUGUGUAUGGCAACGAAUCCGGCCGGCACGCAACGCAAGCGAGUGGAUCUGCAAGUUUAUGUGCCUCCUUCCAUCGCCGACAGUCGCACCAAUGUAACGGUUACAGUCAACGUUCAGACCACCCUGUCCUGCGAGGCCACCGGCAUACCCAAACCCACAGUCACCUGGACGAAAAAUGGUCGAGCCAUCAAUACUGACCAGAACCAGAAUAUGUACAGGUUACUGUCAUCAGGCUCCCUGGUAGUUAUAGCGCCCACAGUGGAGGACACAGCCAUGUAUGAGUGUGUGGCUUCUAAUGAGGCAGGGGAACACUCCAGAUCCAUCAACCUCACUGUACAUGUUCCUCCAUCUAUAGCAGAUGAACCCACAGAGCUAACUGUAACCCGACUGUCCCCGGUGGUCAUCGCCUGUACUGCAUCUGGUGUCCCCGAGCCCACAAUCCACUGGAGCAAAGACGGCGUGAGGCUGAACAAAGAGGGACAAGGAUACAGCAUCCUGACCACAGGUCCAGUAGAGAUUACCUCAGCUGAGCUCAGUCAUGCUGGACGUUACUCAUGCACGGCGAAGAAUGCUGCAGGCUCCACCCAACGCCACGUGCAGCUCACGGUGCAGGAGCUUCCCGUGAUCCAGUCCCACCCGCCCACUUUGGACGUUAUCCUCAAUAACCCCAUCACUCUGCCCUGCAGGGCCACAGGCUCACCCAGGCCGACCAUCACCUGGCAGAAGGAGGGCAUCAACAUACCCACCACGGGUGGUAGCUUCACAGUGCUGCCUAAUGGAAGUCUGCGGAUCUCCAAGGCUUCCGUUUCGGACUCCGGUACAUACAUAUGUGUGGCUCAAAACCCGGCUGGCACUGCGCUGGGGAAGACCAAACUCAAAGUACAAGUGCCUCCCAGGAUCAGCUCACAGACUCAAAAGUACCUGGCGCCUGUGGACUCCUCCGUGACGCUGCAGUGCCAGGCCAACGGCUCCCCUCCUCCCUCUGUCGCGUGGCAUAAAGACGGCCAGCCGCUAAACGAAUCCGUACGCCAGCGGGUUCUCGGUUCAGGGUCCCUGCAGAUCGCCUUCAUCCAACCCAGCGAUACUGGACGAUACACGUGCACGGCUGCCAACGCAGCGGGAACUGUCAGCCUCGAGAUGAGCCUUACUGUACAGAUCCCUCCCUCCAUUCGUGGUGGAGAGCAAGAGGUGGCAGUGGUAGAAAACAGUCAGGCCCAGCUGGUGUGUGUGGCAGAGGGCGUCCCUCAGCCCAGACUGUCCUGGGAGAAGGAUGGUAAUCCCCUCAGUGAAAGCACAGGGGAGUACACUAUCCUGCCCUCCGGAGAGCUGGUUAUAGACAUUGCUCAGCCUGACGAUGAAGGCAGUUAUACCUGUGUUGCCAGUAAUGCAGUCGGGCAGGACAGUCGGACGGUGACCCUGUCGGUUCAUACCCACCCUGUCUUCACCGAGCUGCUCGGAGAUGUGGCACUCAACAAGGGGGAACGCCUCCUGCUGGCCUGUGGGGUCACUGGCAUCCCACCACCCAGAAUCGCCUGGGCCUUCAACAACAUCAUCAUCCCAGUUCACUAUGAUCAUAUGAACGGCCACAGUGAGCUGGUGAUAGAGAGAGUGAGUAAAGAAGAUUCCGGCACCUACACCUGCAUGGCAGAAAACAGUGUAGGAAUCAUCAAGUCACUCGGCUUUGUCUAUGUUAAAGAGCCUCCAAUCAUUGACGGAGAUCUUCACUCCAACCGGAUUGAACCUCUGGGGGGCAAUGCCAUCCUGAACUGUGAGGUUCGGGGAGACCCCCUGCCCACCAUCCAGUGGAGCAAAAAUGGAAUAAACAUCCGGAUCAGCAACCGAAUCCGUCAGCUGGACAACGGCUCUCUGGCCAUCUAUGGCACAGUGAGUGAAGAUGCAGGCAACUAUAUGUGUGUGGCAACAAAUGAUGCUGGGGUGGUGGAAAGAAGUGUCACGCUUACCUUGCAGAGUGCACCCACCAUCAAUGUGGAGCCAGUUGAGACCGUGGUGGACGCUGGCACCACAGUUGUGCUCAACUGCCAGGCAGAGGGGGAGCCUACACCCGUGAUAGAGUGGUCCCGCCAGGGGCGCCCGCUGCUGGGAAUCGACCGCCUCUCCACCCUGUCCAACAGUUCCCUCAGGAUCAGCAGCGCCCAGAAGGAGGACACGGCUGAAUAUGAAUGUGUGGCUAGGAACCUACUUGGAUCUGUACUGGUCAGGGUCACUCUGACCGUACGAGUACAUGGGGGGUACUCAGAGUGGGCAGAGUGGGGUCCUUGCAGUGUGUCUUGUGGUGUCGGGGCCCAGAAGAGGCUGAGGAAGUGUAACAAUCCUGUACCUGCUAACGGAGGGCGCCGCUGUGCAGGAUUAGACACAGAAACACGCGUCUGUCAGGGAAAACCUUGUCCAGUGGAUGGUAACUGGUCAGAGUGGUCUCCCUGGGAGGAGUGUUCUCGUACCUGCGGUCAGGGCAACAGAACCAGGACCCGGACCUGCAGUAACCCUCCAGCUCAGCAUGGAGGCAGGCCCUGUGAGGGGAAGGCAGUGGAGGUCAUCAUGUGCAGUGUCAGACCCUGUCCAGUGGCAGGUAACUGGGGGUCUUGGCUACCAUGGAGCCCUUGCAGUGAGACCUGUGGUAAGGGUAUGCAGUCCAGAAUCAGGCUGUGCAACAACCCUCCUCCAGCCUUUGAUGGGCCACAAUGUGAGGGCACGGACACCCAAACGCAAGUGUGCAAGGAGAGACCUUGUCCUGUGGAUGGGAAGUGGUCUUCCUGGGUGAGCUGGGGAGCCUGCAGUGUUUCCUGUGGAGGCGGGACCAGACAGAGGACACGUCUCUGUGCCAGUCCCUCCCCUCAGUAUGGUGGCAGGCAGUGCGAGGGCAACGACGUGCAUAUUGACUUCUGUAAUAGCGAACCAUGCCCCAUCAGCGGUAACUGGGGUCCGUGGAGUAGCUGGGGCAGCUGUAGCAAGACAUGUAACGGAGGUCAGAUGAGGCGCUACAGGACAUGUGACAACCCCAGACCCGCUAAUGGUGGGAGAGCAUGUGCGGGUGCAGAUACACAGAUACAGAGAUGCAGCACAGCAAACUGCCCUGUUGAUGGUAACUGGGGUUCAUGGCAGCUGUGGGGGGAAUGCUCCGCGUCCUGUGGCGGUGGCGAGAGAGCGCGUGUCCGACUCUGUAACAGCCCGUCUCCUAGCAAUGGUGGCCGGCCAUGCCCAGGAGACUCCUCACAGCUUUCCAGGUGCAACACUCAGGCCUGCCCAGGUGGGCCCCAGAGGGCACGAGGUAGCAUCAUAGGGAACAUCAAUGAUAGUGACUUUGGCAUCGCCAUCCUCAACGCCACCAUCACAGACAGCAAGUCUGGAGGCAGAAUCAUCAAGGCCACUAUUUCUAACAUACCGAGGACAUUAGGUCCUGCAAUGAGGAAGCUGAUCUCCAUCCUGAAUCCCGUUUACUGGACCACGGCACAGGAAGUAGGAGAGGCUGUCAACGGCCACACGCUAACAGGCGGCGUCUUCAGGCGAGAGACACAGGUGGAGUUCGCUACGGGUGAGAUCCUGAGGAUGACCCACAUUGCCAGAGGCCUGGACUCGGAUGGAGCGUUGUUACUGGACAUCGUAGUGAACGGACACAUCUUACAGUUGCCCUCACAUGCCGACAUCGGCAUCAAGGACUACACGGAGGACUAUAUCCAGACAGGCCCAGGGCAGCUGUACGCUCUGUCCACUCGCAUGUUCAGCAUUGACAGGCAGAGCGUGCCCUACUCCUGGAACCACACCAUCUCCUACGACCUGUCCAAGGGCAAGAUGCCCUACCUGGUAGAGACGCUGCAGGCCACAGCCAUCAGCGCUCACUACCAUCCCCUGGAGGAGGUGUUGGAGUACAGCAUCCAAGCUAGCAUCGCAAAGGGUGAUCGCAGUAACCAGUGUCCUCAGGGAUUCGCGUUGGUGUCUGCCGGGCCCUUCUGUGCAGAUGAGAACGAGUGUGAGGCUGGGAACCCCUGUUCUCAUGCCUGCCACAACGCCGUGGGCACCUACUACUGCUCCUGUCCCCGAGGCCUCACAAUCUCGGCUGACGGCAGGACCUGUCAGGACAUCGAUGAGUGUUCACUGGGCGGGAACGUGUGUCGCGAUGGGCAGGACUGUGAGAACACUAUUGGUUCCUAUCGAUGUGUCAUGCGUUGUGGGCGUGGUUUCAGGAGAACAGCUGAUGGCCUCAGCUGCACAGAUGUGAAUGAGUGCCAGGAGUCCAAUCCAUGCAAUCAACACUGUCUUAACACCAUUGGUAGUUAUCGCUGCGCCUGCGAGCCAGGAUUUCAUCUCAGGAACCGACGCUGUAUAGAUAUAAACGAGUGCAGACAGAGGGUUUGUCGUUCAGAUCAACAGUGUAAAAACACACGUGGUGGUUACACCUGUAUUGACCUGUGCCCCAAUGGUAUGACCAAAGGUGCCAACGGGACAUGUGUAGACAUCGACGAGUGCCGAGAUGGCACCCAUCAGUGCAGAUACAACCAGAUCUGUGAGAACACCAGAGGCAGCUACCACUGUACCUGUCCACGCGGCUACAGAUCGCAGGGAGUUGGACGGCCUUGUGUCGAUAUAAAUGAGUGUGAACGGCUUCCUCAGCCCUGUGCCCACCGGUGCAUCAACACUCCUGGCAGCUUCAAGUGCAACUGCCCGCCGGGGCGCCACCUGCUGGGUGAUGGCAAAUCCUGCGCUGGUCUGGAGCGUCUGCCCACCUAUGAAAGUUACUCGUACGGCUACCGCACAUCUCAGUCCUCCCGUGACCACAGCUCCUACCAACAGCUGUACCACAACAUGGCCUCUCAGAGCUACCACUCCUACGCAGCCACCGAAAGGAGGCACGACAGGAGCCGUAGCCAUAGAGAGACUCGCACACACGCCUCACAGAAAGGCUUCCUCACUUGUCAGCAGGGGUUUGAGUCCAGGGGUGGUCGCUGUUUAGACAUCAAUGAGUGUGAGGUGAGGGAUGCCUGUCAGCAUGAGUGUAUGAACACACCAGGGAGCCACAGGUGUCUCUGCCCUGCUGGUUACCGCCUCAUGACCAAUGGCAAAACCUGUCAAGAUAUAGACGAGUGCCUGGAGCAGAACAUCCAGUGUGGGGCGAACCGAAUGUGCUUCAACAUGAGAGGGAGUUACCAGUGUAUCGACACACCCUGUCCACCAAACUACCAGAGGGAUCCGGCCACAGGGUUCUGCCUGAAGAACUGCCCCCCAAAUGACCUGGAGUGUACGCUGAGCCCUUAUGCCCUGGAGUACAAGCUGCUGUCUCUCCCCUUUGGCAUCGCAGCCAAUCAGGACCUCAUCAGGCUGGUGGCCUACACACAGGACGGAGUGAUGCACCCCCGAACCACCUUCUUGGUGGUGGACGAGGACGUCACGUUACCCUUUGCCCUGCGAGACGAGAACCUGAAGGGAGUGCUGUUCACCACGCGGGCGCUACGAGAACCCCACACAUACCGAAUGAAGGUCCGAGCCCUGUCCUACAACGAAGACGGAGGCAUUGAGUACCAGACGACCUUCAUCGUCUACAUCGCCGUCUCUGCCUACCCCUACUGAGAGCACUUUAAAUGACGCGAGGCAAAGGUGCGGCGGUGAACCGCGUCCUUCGCAUGCAGCACCACUGAGAGAGCGGCGUGGUGGGAGUGAGUGGGUGUGGUUGUGGGAAAAGUAGCCACAUCAGUAAACGGACUGCAAAAAGACUUAUUCUGAGUGUGUGAGAGAGGCCAGCGAGUGCAUACAGCCCAGAAGACAUAAGGAAGUAGAAUAUAAAACAAGCCACUGGAGGUUAACGGGAGGCUUGGAUGAAACUGGCUAUUUAUUGGCUCUAAUCCCUGCAAACCUCACUUCAGUCUUUCAGGACUGUUUUUCAAAUAUUUGCUAUUUUGUCCCGUUCAGAUUUAUUUAUAAGAUCAUGGAGAUUUUGCUUCAGAAAGCCAAAACGUCCACCACAGGCUCAGAAAGUAGGCUUCAACCCUACUUAAAUCUUUGCUAGUCUCAUAUUUGGGUCAUUCCAUACCAAAUCACCAAGGACCUUCCAGUUCUUGUCAUGGACUGUCUUGAAAAAAUGCAUUUGAAAACGUCUAUUAAAUUCAGGGGACCUUGUAAAAUCCUCCAGCUCUACUCCAAACACUUUUAUUUUAGUUAUGAAUUUUAAAAGUUUGGCCCUCAGAGCUAAAUUUCAUCAUUUCUGCAAUUCUCUGUGUGUUUAUUUGAAAUCAAUAUUUCCACUACUUUUCCAUUUUUCUUGCAACCAAAUGUUGAUUCUGUGUAGUUUUACCAUAGUUCUAUCACAUCUAGAAGUUAUUUGGUCUUGCAUAUAAGGUUGAUAGCCACAGAUCUUGCUAAAUAUAGCUUCGGAGCUGAAAACCCACUUUUUAAGCUAUUCGGACUGUACCUUUUCCCAAGAAGGAAAGACUUUUUUUAUGGGAAAGCGCUAAUAUUCAUUGCAGAUAUAUAAAAAGAUGUUAUAUUAUACCAUCAUUUAAUAAGUUUCUGUAAAUGUUCAUUUCUUACACUUGUAACGUGGUAGACAAAUAAACAGUGGCAUCAUCUGUCAAGUCGGACC